AUGAUAGGUGAAGUAGCAAUCCCUAUUGAUCAAACUAAGGGCGAUUUUCUAAUCCAAGUAAUAAAUAAAGAACAAAUUAAAAAAAGAUUAGCUAAACUAAGAUCAGAAGAACAAAAUAAAAUAGCUUAUAUUCAUAUUAGUAUAAUUCAAAUUAUCUUAGAAUCAACCAUGAAAAUAGGAAUUAACGGACUCAUGGAAUUAGAAAUUCGUGAUGAUAAACUCAUUAAUGAAGAAAAAAGUAUUAUUGCCAAAGGAACGGGAAAUUUAGGAGUAGGAAUAUUUAAAUUUGAUAUUAACCUACAACAAGGAUUGAGCCUAGCAGAUGGUAACCUUGACUCCUCUAUUAUUAUAAAAUAUAAAUUAAAAAGAGAAAAUUUUAUGAAAGAAAAUAGCAAACCAUUUUCAGUAACUUAUCAAAUAAACUAUGAGUUAACAAAUAGUCACCACAGUUUAACCUUCAAAAAUAAAGAAGUAAUUACUAUAGAAGAUUUAUUUAAACCUGUAAUCUAA